AUGGCAGGUCCGAAGACUGAUUACCACUUAGCAGACUGGAUGUCACAUCUUCCCGAGAGUUGUGUACAGACACCACUAAACCUUCUAGCCAUUCCGGGAUCCCAUGACUCCUUCAGCUACUCCGUCACUCCAGCAGGAGAUGUGGGGCCAGAUGAACCACAGUGGAUCCAGGAUCUUAUCCGUAUGUUUGGUACAGCUGGUAAAGACAUAAUGUACCGAUGGUCCGUCACCCAGAAUCUCAAUGUAUCUCAACAGCUGGAACAAGGAAUACGGUACCUCGACUGUCGUGUCUGCUGGUCAUCAAAGACACAAGAUUUCCAUUUCCUGCAUGGGCUGCUUGGGGCCAAAGUAUCAGCUUGCUUAGAUGAUGUCAGUUCAUUCUUAGAAAAGCAUCCAAAAGAAGUGCUGAUUUUGGAUUUCAAUCAUUUUUACUGCAUGUCCAAUACAGAUCAUGUUAAUCUUCUAACAAUGCUGACAGACAAAUUUGGGAGCAAGAUGUGUCCUUAUAUAGACAUGGAAAGUGUUACUCUGGAUAUGAUGUGGGAGCACAAUCUUCAGGUCCUCAUUUUCUAUCAGAAUGAUGUUGUCAAAGAACACCUGACCUUUUGGCCUGGCACAACAAUCCGAGCACCCUGGGCAAACACUCCAAAUAUUCCAGACUUGAUGUCUUUCUUGGAUAACCAGUACAAGACAGGGAGAAUAGACAAUGUUUUUUAUGUGUGGCAAGGUGUCCUCACACCUGGAGUGGCCACAGUUAUUGCUAACUUUAGUAGUAGUCUUAAAGAUACACUUGCAAAAAAAUUGGCGCCUUUUUUUGUCAGCUGGCUUAAGGAUAAGAAGACUGGAAGCCAUGGAAUCAGUAUCUGUGGCAUGGACUUCAUAGAACUUGGUAACUAUGUGUCUACCUUGAUAGAGCUGAAUUACAGUGCAUGUUAAAUUUCUUAACGUUUCAAUCUGCAUACAUAUUGUACAUUGGGAUUUAUAAAUUCAAAUUCUUGGAACACUUGCUGCAUUUAGGAUUCAUUUAAUUAGUUACUUCUUUAAAAGUGGCUGCAAGGAAAAGACCUUUUAAUCUUGAAAAUAUGCCAUAGCAUAUGUCAUUUUAUAGGAAGGGUUUUAAAGUUUUUGUUUUUAGACUAACUCAAUAUUGGUCUAUAUUCAAAGUAGUAGUUGCAUGCAAAGUGAGAAAUUAUUUAAAUUUUUUUUUCUUUCCUGUUGUUUAUUGGUUUGUAAACUACAUUAGGUUAUACAAAUGAUUUAAAUGACAUAUGUUUUGUUUAAAUAUCU